ACAAAUAUCUAGCCUUAGAAUCCAAUUCUUCUCAAUGGGAAUCCAAAUGAAGAAGCAAUGGCUUCAAUUUGCUUGUGUUUUGGCAUUUUUCUUGAUUGCCACAUGCACUGUAGCACAUUCACCUUAUAAUUCUUAUGAAUCAUCAGAUUCAACAUACAAUAAAGUACCCUCAGAGUCGGAAAAGGAAUAUAAGUCGUCAUUUUUGCCAAAAAAUGAUUACUACAAGAAGUCAUCAAUUUCAGAAGAUAAUUAUAAGAAAGUAGCGAUUGCUCCCGAGCAUGAAUCAUUCUUGCCAAAGAAUGACGACUACAAGAAGCAAUCAUUUUCAGAAGAUAAAUACAAGAAGGAGUCAUAUGUUCCAGAGGUACCUUCGAUUGCUAAACCAGAAUAUAAGGAGUCAUUUUUGCCAAAAUUUGACUACUUCAAGAAACCAUCAGUUUCAGAAGAUAACAACAAGAAGGCUUCAUAUGUUCCAGAGGUACCUUCGAUGGCUAAACCAGAUUAUAAGGAGUCAUUUUUGCCAAAAUUUGACUACUUCAAGAAACCAUCAGUUUCAGAAGAUAACAACAAGAAGGCUUCAUAUGUUCCAGAGGUACCCUCGAUGGCUAAACCAGAAUAUAAGGAGUCAUUUUUUCCAAAAUUUGACUACUUCAAGAAGCCAUUAGUUCCAGAAGAAAACUACAAGAAGGUGUCAUAUGUUCCAAAGGUACCGACACAGCCUAAAUCGGAAUACAAGGUACCAUCUUUGCCAAAGAAUGACGAUUACUAUAAGAAGUCAUCAGUUCCAGAAGAUAACUACAAAAUGGUUUCAUAUGUACCAAAGGUGCCCUCAGUGCCUAAAGAGGAAUACAAGAUACCUUCUUUGCCAAAGAAUAAUUACUACAAGAAGCCAUCAGUUCCAGAAGAUAACUACAAAAAGGUACCAUUUGUUCCAAAGUUGCCCUCAAUGACUAAAGAAGAAUACAAGGUGCCUUCUUUGCCAAAAAGUGACUACUACAAGAAGUCAUCAGUUUCAGAAAAUAACUACAAAAAGGUGUCAUAUGUUCCAAAGGUACCCUCAGUGCCGAAAGAAGAAUACAAGGUACCUUCUUUGCCAAAGAAUGAUUACUACAAGAAGUCAUCACUUCCAGAAGAUAGCUACAAAAAGGUUUCAUAUGUGCCAAAGGUUCCCUCAGUGCCUAAAGAAGAGUAUAAGGUGCCUUCUUUGCCAAAAAAUGACUACUACAAGAAGCCAAUAGUUUCAGAAGAUAACUACAAAAAGGUGUCAUAUGUUCCCAAGGUACCCUCAGUGCCUAAAGAAGAAUACAAGGUGCCUUCUUUAUCAAAACCUGACUACCACAAGAAGCCAUCACCAUCUCCAUCACCACCACCUCCAUAUUAUUAAAUUUCCAUCGUUCAUGCUCAAAAUGCAUGUUUCAUUAUUUUUCCUUUUUGUUCUCUGGUUUGUAAUUGUUUUGUCAUUUAAAUUUUAUAUUUUUGAAUGUCUCGAGAAAUUUAUUUCAACGGAAUACAAGUUCCUUUUAUUGAGAGUU